GCAGUAUGGCUUAGAGCUUUAGCCUGUCCAAAUGGACGAAGAAAAAAAAAAAGAUGUCAUCUUCAUGCUGAGUGACGUGACAGUGACAGCAGUAUGAAAGUUUUGUAGGUUAUGUUGAAGGGAAAUAUCUGAAAACUUUUUAAGUUAAUCUUUAUAUAAUAUUAUAUUUAUAACAUAAUAAGGAUACUAUAGGUGUAACAGAAUUGUUUCUGUUUAUCAAUGUGUAUAAGAUAAUUUUAGGUAAGGUCACGACCUAUAAUGGCUGCGCCAGAAUUCGAUGCGGCCUUGGGCGGCACAGAGGAGCUACCCUUUUCAGCAAAUAGUUUGAAAUUUGCUACAUCUAGAAGCAUAGAAAUAGCUGCUAUGACUGAAAGCAUUCUUCGUCCAAGCAAAACUAAGCUUAUCUUUCAAACACUGCCUGUUCACAUGCGCCGCCGAGUAAUGAGCCACAACUGUAAGAGAUUACCGAGAAAAUUACGUGAAGGACAUUUAGAGCAGUUAAAAAAGAGUGGUCUACCCCCUAAACAAAAGAGGCCGUCUAGAAAAUAUCGCAGACGGCCGGGAAAUCUGUUAGAUGAAUAUAAUCGACGGCAGAAGCGAAAUGUCUGGUUAGAGACUCAUAUAUGGCAUGCUAAAAGGUUCCACAUGGUUGAGCGCUGGGGGCACCGGCUGGCCCUCGCGCCCUGUGACAAAGCAUUCAGAAUGUGUUACAGGGCCACCUCUGCUCACUGUUUACUACAAGACAUCUCAUACCUCACUCCAAUACAAAUUACAGGACCAGUAGCAUUAAUAAAAGAAAUGUUUUCAUCAUUGACUAAUUGUGUCUGUGGACUUGGCAUCUGUGCUCAAGCUUAUGUAACUGGCAAGAGAGAAGGUACUAUACAUCUAUAUGAAGUAAACUCUUAUCCAUUUGGUUAUAUUGGAAAGAUGAACUUUAUUUGGCUACCCACUGAUAAUCAAAAUAAGGUCUUGUGGCUAUUUGUCCAUCCAUCUCAGACAAAACAAGCAGAAUCCGCUUUAACAAACAUGUUAAAUGGUACAAGUACAGAUGAGCAUGAUGUAACAAUAAAAAAAAGAAAAACCACUAAUCAAUUUACAGAAAAAAUUAAAUUCAAAGUAUUACCAGGCAUAUUUAACAGAUUCCAAUUGACAGGACCCAACAGCCAUGCAAUCUUGACUCGCACUCUCAAAUGUGUAAAUGAGCAUGACACCUCAGAAUGGCAAGCACUCCUUAAAGGAAAAGAAGAUUUCUAUUUAAAAGAAAAGUGUGACUAUUGGCAAGAGAUCAGUAAGGCUAGCUCACCAUCUCAAUUGCCACCAAAAACAGUUGUGGGCUUGGUUGUCAAAGAUCCACGCCUAAGUCGACCUUCACACCGUACAAAGGCAAAAUAUGAAAACACAGAACCAAUACCUGCACAAUCCUUGAUUGACAUACCAAAUGAAGCAGCAAAAUCACCCUUAUGGGAUACAAAUAUAUAUGAUGUUAUCAAGAAAAAUAGGUUGACCAAUGGGCAGUUCAUAGCUCACAUUACCAAGACUCAGUUGGUCCCGGGAGAGGUGAAUGAGAAUGAUCCUGCCCUGCAAAGUGUUCCUGUUGUACUAGUGCAGAGGCCUGGCUCGCAAGAGCCUAGUAUUAAGAAACUUGGUUAUGGUAGUGGAUGGGAUAUAAUUAUACCCUCUGGAUACAGCCUGCAAUUCUGGCAAACAUUCAUCAUGUUUGGAGCAAGGUCUGGAGGUCUCCGAGAAACCGAGAGCUUAGCCUUUGAAAUGGGUGAACACCACAUACCUCCAGAUUCUGAAGCAGGCAAAGCUGAGGAGAAAAGAAUAGAAAUGGAGUUAAAAGAAAGAUAUUUCAAAUUGCCUCCUAGUAAAAGAGUUAAUUACGCUAAAUUAGGCGUUAACAGCCCUUUCAUUUGCCCCUGGAAGAUGUUGUUGAAAGAUUGGACGUCAAGUUCAGUCGAUGACUUCUUUAUUUUGCGGGAUAGGAAACUUUUGGAUCAAAUACAGAAUUGUGUGAUGAAUAAAAAAGCUCUCCCUCAAAUGGUCAAAUCCGAAUCCUGCUUGGUGGCUGUGUACAUUAAAAUAAAGGGCAAAGGUACUCUGAAACGGCACGCCCAUUUAUGUCUACCACAGCCUGGAGAUGACAAAACAAUCAAAACGUUGUUCGAACCCCACCAUGAAGACCCUAACGAAAAACUGAGAAAACAGAAACGGAUAACACACAUAACUGACAUGAAACGCCUGAGGAGAAGGAAGAUCAAACUAAAGAAGCAUAAAACAUCAGCCACAAAUGGCAUUGUUGCACGAAAAAAGAGCGCCCUAAAGGAGCCAUCGGAAUAUGUAAAACUUAUGAGAGAUCUAUGGGUACCAUCCAGCAUAAAUACCGUUCGACAUUUAACAGUAAGGGAAAUCAUAGGAUUUAUAACUCAAGGAGGAUUCAGUUUUUCAGAAGCCCAGAGUUGCGGUGUUGGAUUCGUCGCGUAUAACGCUCUAAGUGCGCUUCUCAAGACUGGUCAAAAUAAAAUUCUAGUCCGAAACCUAACAUCCAGGAAAUAUAGAUUGGGUUCAUUACAAAUUACAGUGCCAUGAAUCAACUGAAUAUUUUUUCUUUUUUAGUAGGGAAUAUUACGCGAAACUCUUCGUAGGGGGCGCCACUACCAUAAUCCACCACAAUUCGAAGGUCUACCCAAAGAGCAUAUAAUCGUGAAACAAGAAAAUCGAAAUUUGGUUAUCUAACCUAUCACUCACAUUCGAGUAGGCUUGAGUCGGUCAGGACCGAAGAACUAAAAGGAAUGAAAUCCCACCACAGACCGAAAGGAACUAGUUCAUCUUAAGCGCUCUUAAUCGGUCUCUGUCCUUUAGUUCAGUAGUCGGUAUGUCAGCGGGCCUACCGCGAACUACGUUCGACGGGUUGCCUCCCUGUCACACUUACGUACGAAUUUACAAGUGCGACAGAGAGGCAACACGUCGAACGUGGUUCGCGGUAGGCCCUCAGUACCAAGUAACAAAUCGGUCGGGAGCGAAUGAUCGGAAUGAGUCAAGGUCAAGAAAUUCGCUCUCUCACGCUCUCGCUCUGUUUAUAUGCGAGCGAGAGCAAGAUAUAACCUAGUCAUCCUCAUUCAGAUCUCGAGAUUUGCUCCUGAACUAAAGGACCUAAAAGAGCGAACUAGUUCGUUUGACCGAUUGACCGAGAUCGGAGCGCUCUUUUUAAAGACCGAGCGGGCACAACUCUACAUUCGAGCAACUUUUGUAAACAAACCGCCUUGAUGCAUCGAUUUCAUAUUUUAUUAUCUGUAAAAACUUGUCAAAAACAGUUUAAGGCACAGUAUGUAUAAGUUACUCUAUGGUUUAUGAAAGUUGCUAGUGCUGCACUCUGGCGGCAGAACAUUGCCGUAAUACUCCCUAUUGUUGAACACAUUCCCUAUUGUCAAUAUUAUUGGAAAUGUUCUGUUAGCUAAACUGCCGCUCGCUAGUAAAGGUUGAGCAAGGAAAGUUUGUGUUCUGACUGAGAAGUAAAUAAAACUAUUGCUAUAUAAAAUAA